AUCAAUGUAUGGCGCAUUGUUUUCCUUCUAUUUUUUUUUGUAUUACAUCAUAAAUCUUACAAACUACGAAUAAAUUUUAAGCAAUUUUAACGCUGCUAGUGUAUAUGCUAUAAUAAUGGUCCGGGAUAGAAGCCCUGAACGUCGGCGGUCCCGUUCUAAAGAAAGACGAGAUAGGGAUCGACACGACGAACGCGAAUCGCAUCGGGAGAAGAUCAAACGCAGAGAUAGAUCAAGAAGCCCCAGAAAAGAACGAGAGCGAUCUCGCAGUCCGACUAAAAAAGAACGGGACAGAUCGAGAAGUCCUCGAAAGGAGCGGGGUCGUUCUAGAAGCCCUAAAAGACGUGAUGGUAAAGAUAAAGACAGGCGCACUGAUGAUAAGGAAAAAAGUAAAAGUAGAAGAGACGAUGAUAACAGACAAGAAGAGGAAGAACAAGAACCUAAGAAAGAAGAGCCAAAACCAAUAAAAAGAGAGCCUUUGUCUCUGGAAGAACUGCUAGCUAAAAAAAAAGCUGAAGAGGAAGCUCGUAGUAAACCUGUUUUCUUAACGAAGGAACAAAGAGCAGCCCUGGCAUUAGAAAGGAGACGUGAGCAAGUGGAAGCAAUAAGAGCAAAUGUUGAUAGACCAGCUGUUACUACUAUUGAUUUAACAGGCACGUCAAAAAAAGAUGAUGAUAGAGAGAAGAGACACAAAGAAGACAGAGAGAGAAGAGAUGAAAGGGAACGAAAUGAUAGGUUAGAAAGAGCAGACAGAGGAGACAGAGAACGGAAAUAUGAUGACAGGAAAACUGGUGAUCGCCGUGAUGACAAAAAAGAUAAAAAUGAUGAGGGUUCUAAAACAAAGGACAAAGAAAGGGAAGAGGAAGCCAUUAAAGCCAGGUACUUGGGCAUAGUGAAGAAGAAACGUAGAGUUAGAAGACUUAAUGAUAGGAAGUUUGUGUUUGAUUGGGAUGCUUCAGAAGAUACAUCAAAUGAUUAUAAUACACUUUACAAGGAGAGACACCAGGUUCAAUUCUUUGGAAGAGGCCAUAUAGCUGGUAUUGACAUAAAGGCACAGAAAAAAGAUCAUAGCAAAUUCUAUGGAAAUUUACUGGAAAAGCGAAGAACCGAACUUGAAAAAGAACAAGAAAAAUUGCGUCUCAAAAAAGUUAAAAAGAAGGAAGAUAAACAAAAGUGGGAUGAUCGUCAUUGGUCUGAAAAAGAUCAAGAUGAGAUGACUGAAAGAGACUGGAGAAUCUUUAGAGAAGAUUAUAAUAUAACAAUUAAAGGGGGUAGAAUUCCAAAUCCUAUAAGAAACUGGAAGGAAGCUGGUUUCCAUCAAGACAUAAUGGAGAUUAUAUCUAAAGUUGGAUAUAAAAGUCCUACACCAAUCCAAAGACAGGCUAUUCCAAUUGGCUUACAGAACCGUGACAUUAUUGGUGUAGCUGAAACUGGUUCUGGUAAAACUUUAGCUUUUCUUAUCCCAUUACUUACUUGGAUUCAAUCACUACCGAAAAGUGAACGUAUGGAAGAUGCCGAUCAAGGCCCAUAUGCCAUAAUAUUAGCACCAACUCGUGAAUUGGCUCAACAAAUUGAAGAAGAAACAAAUAAAUUUGGUAUCCCAUUAGGCAUCACAUCAGUUGUUGUUGUUGGUGGUCUCUCUAGGGAGGAGCAAGGUUUCAAGCUGAGAUUGGGUUGCGAAAUUGUUAUUGCCACCCCUGGACGUCUUAUAGAUGUUUUAGAAAACCGUUAUUUGGUAUUAAACCGUUGUACAUAUGUAGUACUUGAUGAAGCUGAUCGUAUGAUAGACAUGGGUUUUGAACCAGAUGUACAAAAGAUUUUGGAAUAUAUGCCUGUAUCAAAUAUCAAGCCAGACACAGAUGCAGCAGAAGAUGCCUCAGUGCUUUUAGCAAAUUAUAAUACUAAAAAGAAGUUCAGACAAACUGUGAUGUUUACAGCAACUAUGCCUCCGGCUGUUGAACGUUUGGCUAGGAGUUACUUAAGAAGACCAGCUAUUGUUUACAUAGGAUCAGUUGGUAAACCAGUUGACAGAACUGAACAAGUUGUUUACAUGAUUGGUGAGAAUGAAAAGCGUAGGAAGCUCACUGAAAUAUUGCAACGUGGAGUGGAGCCUCCCAUUAUUAUUUUCGUUAAUCAAAAGAAAGGUGCUGAUGUCCUUGCUAAAGGUUUGGAGAAACUUGGAUUCAAUGCUUGUACUUUACACGGUGGAAAAGGACAGGAACAGCGUGAUUUUGCACUUGCCAGUCUUAAAAAUGGUUCAAAAGAUAUUCUCGUGGCUACAGACGUCGCUGGUCGCGGUAUUGACAUCAAGGAUGUCAGUAUGGUCAUUAACUACGACAUGGCCAAGAGCAUUGAAGAUUACACUCAUCGUAUUGGUCGUACAGGUCGUGCCGGCAAAACUGGUAAAGCCACGUCAUUUGUUACAAAAGAAGACUCUGCUCUAUUUUAUGACCUGAAACAAGUUCUACUUUCUAGUUCUGUAUCAACAUGUCCACCCGAGUUAAUGAAUCAUCCUGAAGCUCAGCAUAAGCCAGGCACUGUAGUUACAAAGAAGAGAAGAGAGGAAAUGAUAUUUGCUUAAUCUUCGGUAGAUCAAUACUAAUUUGUCUUCUCCUGAUGUAUUUAACAAUAACUGUAUUACCAUCUUGAUACAAAGUUAUAUUUAUAAUAA